AUAGAUUUUGAUCUCAUUUAUACUUCACAAGAAAAAGAUGUCCAUGUUGAAUUUGAGUUGGCUAAGGUAUUGUUGGCGGUACUCGGUACAUCAGUACAAGAAAAGAAUCGCCAUUUAUUUAUCUGUCCAGCCAUGAACCUUGAUGUGACGGUACAAUUGAGUGUAAAGGAAUUAUUAGAAUGUGUUGUAUGUCCUAACGAUCCUCAUUCUAUUUUACCUGGAGAUUUUGCCGAUAUCUUAACAAGAACAACCGUAUCUGUAUCAGACGUCAAACAAGCGAGUCCAUUGUCUCGGCUUGGUGUUAAAGAUAUAUCAUCACCAUUGAGAAUGUUGACCUUGACCUCAUCACCUACCACACCUUUGGCAGAAUUCAUGCAGUCUCCACAACUAGCUCAAAAAAUCCUGCUUAGAGAGAGAGAACAAAAGGAUAAAGUGGAGGCCAUAAUGAGACAAAAAGAACAUGAAAUAAAGAAAUUAGAAUUAGUUAUUGGUACCGAACGCCAUCUUAGACAAGAAUUAGAACUUGAUCUUCAGGAAAAAUCUGUUGUCAUUGACGACAAUGAAUGUAAAAUUCGUGAUUUAACUAAACAGUUACAAUAUUUACGUAAGAUGAAGGAUGAGACAGAUGAGUUAAUGACACUUCGCGCUGAAAAUGAACAAUAUGAAAAUGAAAUAACCAGAAUUAAGAGUAAGUUAGAAGAAAUGAUGAUGAUAAAGAAACAAUCAGAAGUUAUAGAAAUUGAAAAUAAAGAAUUAGUUGCAGAAUUAGAAAAAUACAGACAAGAGAUGAAAAUGGUAGACUCCCUAAAGACAGGUUUUGAAGGAUAUCGAACUCAAUGUCACAAAUUACAAGUUUCUUCAGCAGCCAUUGAAAGUCAGUUAAAUCAGAAAGAGGCUGAAUAUUUGAAACUACAUGAUGAAAAAGAGGCUGUGCUUCAGGCUCUUCAACAGCUGAAAGAGAUGAACUCAAAAAGUAAACGUGACCUUGAAGACUUUAAUGGAGAAGGUUUAUGUAACGGUGAAUCUAUGGCCAUUAUAACCGACAAGAAAUUAUCCGAAGUUGAAAAUGAACUUUAUAAAAUUCAACAAACAUGGAUUCAACCAAACGUGCAUCAACAGUUACAAAUAGAACAUAAUAAUAUUCUACAAAAACAUGACCAAUUACAGGAAAGCUUGAAGAAUUUAAAUGAAAGUUCUACAAAAAUGAGUGAAGAAAUAACACAACUAAAAUCCUGGGUAUCAAAAUAUGAAGACGAAAUUAGGAAUUUAAACCAAUCAAACGAACAGCAAACAGUUACCAUAUCAAACAUGGAGGAAAGGUAUCAAACCGACACAGAAUCUCUGAAAGCCGAAAUUCAAACAACUCACGAAUCCCACAAACAAAUGAUCACGAAACUUGAUGAAGAAUACAAAUGUAAACUAUCAGUGUGUGAAUCAAAUCUUCAGGAAAAAAUCAGCCUCUGUGAUGAUCUCAAACACGCUAACACAGAAUUAGAGGAACAAAAUGAAAAACAUCUUGUAACCAUAGAAACAAAACAAUGGGAAAUAACUGAGCUGACUCGAUUACAGACAGAAAAUGUAGAUAUGAUCAACCAGCUGAAUGAAAACAAUAAACAACAAUCAGAACAGUUGAAGAGCUGUGAAAAUCAGCUUCACGAAGAACUCGAAAAACAAAACCAUCUCAAGCAGACGACUGCUGCUAAAAUACAAGAACUAGAGAUGCAUUUAGAAAAUAAAAAACAAGAAUAUACGGCGCUUGUUCAAAUGUCAUCUGUCAGUGUUCAAACUUUGGAAGCAGAACGUGAAGAAUUGAAUCAGCAAUUUGUUGCCAUGGAAUUAUCAACAUCGGAAAAAAUAAAAAAACUUGAAACAGAAUGUGAGAAUCACAAACAACAGUUCCAGUAUUUAUCAAAAGCUUCCUCCUCCAAGAUUCACGACCUUCAGAUGGAAUGCAAAAAUUGGUCAGAAUCAAACCAAGAACUGAACCAGACUCUGACUGAGACCAAGUCUCAAUUCCAAGAACAGAAACAGGAACUUCUCAAUCUCCAACAUUCCACAACUGAAAUAAUCAGCCAAUUAGAAAAUAGUUUACAAUCAAAAUCUCAACAGAUUUCACAAAUGGAAACUUUAUUACAGACAAAAGUGGAGAAACAUAAUGAGCUUGUUGAAACAACUUCCUCUAAAAUCAAGCAAUUGGAAAAUAAAUGUGAAAUGCAGAAGGAGGAAUAUAUCUCAUUGCAACAGUCAACUUCUGCCAAAAUCCAGCAGUUAGAGUCAGAAGCAGAAAUUCAAAAGGAGCAAUUUGUCUCCCUUGAACAAUCAUCGUCUGCAAAAAUAGAAGAACUGAAUUCAAACGUCGAAAAAUUAUCAGAAAUAAAAUCAACGCUGGAAGCUGAAUUUGAGAAUCAGCAACAAGAAUUAGUGCAUCUUCAGUCAUCUUCUUCUGUCCGAAUCCAAGAACUCGAAACAGAUUUUGAAAACCAGAAACAAAAGUUGGAAGAAAUGCAAGAAACUUCUUCUGCUAGGCUUGAACAACUUCAGCUGGAAUGCACAACGAAACAGCAGCUGCAAGUGCAAGUUGAAGCUGAGCUUGAAAAGCAGAAACAAGACUACUUAUCUCUUCAGGAACAAUUGUCGUCAAAAAUUCAAAUUUUGGAAUCGGGUUGUGAAAAUUACAAACUUUGUCAGACUGAAUUUGAAAAUAAGUGUAGUGAAUUAAUAAACACUAAACAACAUUUGGAAUCCAUCUGUGAAAACCAGAAAAAACAAAUGAAAGAGUUGGAGGAAUCAACUUCUCAUAAAUAUUCUUGUUUGGAAAAUGAGCACCAGAAAUUGACGGAAGAGAAUUGUAAUUUGGAAGAAAAUUGUGACAAGUUAGAAAAAGAAACUGAAGAAUUACAACAACGGCUGACAACGCUCGAAGGUUCCACAGCAAUGAAAAUCCAAGAAAUGGGAGUUGUAAUCGAUGGAAUGAAGAACGCAAAGUUUCAGACAGAGUCAGAACACUUGGCUCUGAAUGAAACAUUGACAACAAAAAUCCAAGAAUUACUUUCUCAAAGUGCCAAUCUUUCUACAGAGAAAGCUCAGUUGGAAGAGAAAUAUGAAAGUCAGAAUCAAAUUUUACAAAAGACGGAAGCCAAGCUCGAAGAACUGACGGAAACAUAUAAUAAAAUAUCCACGGCUAAUGAAGAUCUGGAGAAAGAAGGCACAUCGAAUAAAGAUAAGUUGGACUAUUUAAUGAACUGUGAAGAGAUGGCCAAUGAAAAGCUUCGUGAGCUAGAAGAAGAAUUCCUCAGCCAGAAAUCGGAAAAUGUUGCCUUAAAACAGUCGUCUUUAGAAAACUUGCGGGAGUUAGAAUCAGAGUGUGAGAACUUGACAAAGGUUCAUGUGGAAUUGGAGAAUAUCAAACAGACGUGGAUUCAACCAGACAUUUAUCAGAGCUUGCAGACGCAGCAUAGUGAAUCUUUGGACAAAUACAAUAAUUUACAAAAACAGUUUGAAGAUCAGGAAAUCGUGACAGCUCGUAAGAUUGAUUCACUAGAAUCAGAAAACGAAAGGUUAAGGUUUGUUAUUGGCGAUUUGGAAUCAAAGUCAGAAAAUCAAAAACAAAUUGAAGAGCAAUCUUCUAUGAAAAUAUGUGAGCUCCAGAAAAAUUUAACUGAAACAUCCAAACGAAUUUCCGAGAUGGAGUCACAGCUUCAACAAGAAAUACAAAAACAGAAUGAUCUGGAAAAGACAGCGGCCAUGAAAAUCCAAGAACUGGAAGCAGAGUGUGAAAACCAAAAGCAGAUAUCUUGUCAUGAGAUGGCUGAACUAGAAACAAAAUAUUGUGAAUUAUCAAAAACCAAAGAUCUUCUUGAACAAACUACGUCAGUCAAGAUUCAGGAAUUGGAGGCCAAGUGUUGCCAAUUUCAAGAAUCCAGUGAAACAUCUGAACAAACUAUGUCUGUUAAAAUCCAAACACUUGAAGCAGAACUGGAAACUCAGAAGCAGACAGCAUUGCAUCAUAUAGCAGACCUCCAGAGCAGAUGUGAUAAUUUGACGAAAUCAAAAGAGGUUAUGGAGCAAGCAACUUCUGCCAAGAUUCACGAAUUAGAAACACUGUGUGAUAACUUACGUCAAUCCAAUGAAUCGUUCCAACAAACCACAUCCACUAGAAUUCGAGACCUAGAACAGGAAUGUGAGAAGCUGGUUAAAUCAAAAGAAGAAAUGGAGAAGAAACAUCAGGAAGUUCUAGAAGAAAGUGAAGCAGAACUGGAAACUCAGAAGCAGACGGCAUUGCAUCAUGUAGUAGACCUUCAGAGCAGAUGUGAUAAUUUGACAAAAUCAAAAGAGGUUAUGGAGCAAGCAACUUCUGCCAAGAUUCACGAAUUAGAAACGCUGUGUGAUAACUUACGUCAAUCCAAUGAAUCGUCCCAACAAAACACAUCCACUAGAGUUCGAGACCUGGAACAGGAAUGUGAGAAACUGGUUAAAUCGAAAGAAGAAAUGGAGAAGAAACAUCAGGAAGUUCUAGAAGAAAGUGAACAGUACUGGAAACUUCAGUUAGUCAGUCUGGAAGAGGAGUUCGAGAAAGGUAUACAAGAACAAAAAGAAACGUACGAAACUGAAAUGACAUCUGAACGAGAAAACCAGGAGACGCAAUUGUCAAAUUUGUCUUGUCAACAUGAAGGUGUUCUCUUUUCUCAAAGAGCUAUCUUAGAAGACAGAAUCGAAGAUCUGGAGGCUCAGAUGGACAGACAGAAGAGCGAGUGGGUGAAAAGAUUAAAUAAAAUGAAAAAAGAGCAUGAGGUUGCCAUGGCAAACAUGGAGGAACAGUAUAAGAACGAGACAAUGUCUUUGAAGGAAGAGGUAGUAGAACUGCGUCAAUCACAAGAUGAAUCGGUGACCAGACUUGAAGAAGAUUACAAAUCAAAACUUUCUCAUCUUGAAUCAUGCCUCAGAGAACAAAUCGAAACGCACAACAUUCUGAAAUCAGAAAUUGAAGAAUCUAAAGCGCGAUCUUCAGCAAGACGAACAGAAUACGAGAAAGAAAUAGUACAGAAAGAUGCUGAACUUCGAUCCAUCGAGCAGGAUUAUGAAACUAAGUUAGGUCAUUUGAAGAGCUGUCUCGAGGAACAACUCACUGCUCAACAACAGAUGAAGACAGAAAUCGUGGAAUAUACAAACAAAAUGACUAGAAUGAAGGCAGAUUACGAACAACGGUUAAGAAAUUCGGCAACAAGCAGCUCUGAAUCCAUCACUGAGCUAGAAGAAGAUUACAAGUCCAAAUUAACGCAUUUAGAAAUGUGCCUAAAAGAUGAAAUGUCAACCCAUCAAGAAUUGAAGGCAGAAAUUGAAGGAUACACCAUAAAGCUGGCUCAGAUGGAAACAACUGUUUCAGAAAGAAAUACGGAAUAUGAAAACCGUCUGAUGGUGUUGAACCAAGAAAGAGAACAAGCGAUUGACAAUCUGACCAAAAGUCACCAACAGCAACAAGAAUCCCAAGAGACAGAACUUGUGUCUUUGAAAAAUAGAAUCGAGGAAUUAACUCCCUUAGAGGAAGAGAAACAGAGAUUAACUUCUCAGCUUGAAGAGUUUACUAGGGAGAUAACUCAGGUUAAAGAGCAAUGUUUCUGUCUGGAAGAAGAGAAAAAGACGCUAGUGAAUAAUCUGUCUCAUAGUAAAGAAGAGUUCCGAUCAAUCAUUAAAAAGAAGGAAAUGGAAUCUUAUGAACAGACGCGAUGUGAGCGACAAGCCUACGAGGAACAGAUCAAUAAACAACAAGUGGAGUUAAACAGUUUACGAUCAGAGUAUAACACACAAAAGGAAAGUUAUCAACAGAGUAUGAAUGGCCAGCUGAGUAGUUAUCAAACAGAAAAUACCAAACUAAAACAACAGUUGGCAACCAUUGAGGAAGAGAAGAAAAAUGACGAAGAAUCAUAUCAACAGACGAUUAAAACAUUGGAGGAAGACAAACAACAAUUAACCAAUGAGAAUGAAGCAGAAAUACGAACAUUAACAUUAGAAAAACAAAGUUUAACAGCCCAGAUAGACAUCUUCCAUCAUCGACAGGAAUUAACCCAGAGUACGAUAUCUGAUCUUGGUAAACAGAUUGUUAAUUAUGAAACACAGCGUGUUCAGUUUGAGUCUAAAUGUCGCGACAUGGAACAACGACUUCAAGCUCUCACUCAACAUGAGAAGAAACUCAAAACAGAACUCGAAAGAUCAACAAAGCUAAACACACAGCUUGAAAAUUCCUCGAAAGAAUCGAUGAAGAAAUUACAAGGUUAUGUUGAACGUGAAUUAAAACUGAUUAAGAAUCACGAUAAAGAGAUGAGUCAGGCGAAUGAUAUGAAUCGUAAUCUGAUACAAAAACUAGAAAUAAAAAAACAACAAAUAGAAUCACUACAAAAAUCUCAUAAAGAGGAAGAGAAAACUUUACAAUCAAAUCUAGAACAACGUUAUAAUCACCAUAAAGACAGUCUUUCUACGUUAAAUAAUGCGCUGGAAGUACAGAGAAAAAUGGCUGACAAAUAUAAACAACGAGCAGAGAAAGCUGAUCAUGAUUUAACGAAAAUGAUGGAAGAAUCAGCUAAAUUCAAAACAUUAGGUCAGAAAGUUUGUAGUUUAGAAGCUCAGUUAGAACACGCAAAUCGGCAAGUUCGUGAAUAUCGCCAUCAGUUAGAUUCAGCAGGAACAGCUUUACUGGGUGAUUCAUCAGCUUUUAGACAGGAGAUUGAGGGUCAUAGUAGUGAGAGUUUAACAGAUGUCAGUCUCAACGAUUCGUUAGAAGAUACGAUGGACAUCACUGCUCGUAAAAUUAAGUCACAUGACGUUAGUUCAACCAGUAGUAAACCAUCGUUUGCAUUGACAGACACAGAGAGUCGGAGAUUCAGUUUACUGUCAUUAGCAAGUUCAACAAGUACACUAGAUAGUCGUAAAUCAACCACAUCUCUUGCUAGUCACAUGACUUUACGUAGUCGAUCAAGUGAUAGUAGAUCGUCACGUCAGUCUAUGUUAGCUGUACCACAUGGAACUGGUAACUUGUUUUCAUGCGAAGACGAACCGUUUGAUGAUUACGAAUGGAACAGAUUGAGUGAACUACAGCGUAGGAAUACGCUAUGUCUUCCUCACAUGAAGUCAUCGUAUCCCGUGGAGACACAGACUGUAAAACUGGACGAAAUGAAUGACGAGAAUUUACGUGAAAGUCAAUCUUCAGACAGUGGUUCCAUGUCUGGUAGAAAACGUAAAACUGAGAAAUGGGAACUUGAACACAAUAACACGAUAGUUGAUACGAGUAAACAGGCUCGUCACGGAAGUACUAUUUACCACAAACCUGGACCUCCGACACCUGGAGCUCGACCUAACAGUAAAUCACCACAGCAUAAAUCACCCAGAACACCCCGUGGACGUACGAAGAAAGACACAAAAACCCCUAAAAAGAAAACCCCUAAAGCUUCACCGAAAGAAAAGAAGAAAAGUGCUAGAGACAGUAUCGCAUUCAGCAUCGGUUUCUCACCCAAAACUCGACUUCCAAAACGUUUAACGCGACAGACUGGAUUUGUGAAAACCGAAAAGACGGAAGCCAAACAGUCGCCAGCCAAACAGGGAAAAAGGAAGCCACUUGGUAUAUUGAAUCACUUCAUGCAGACUGGUGUAUAAUGCUUCAUAUAUCUCCUACAUUUUUUUAAUUUCAACUUUUAGUGGUCAUUGAAAUCAAUUUUAUAUUCAUUUUAAUUUAUUUUAUUUUGUAGUUAUAAUUUAUAAUCAUAGUCAAAAAUGGGUUGGAAAUAUGUUUUUCUUCAAUUGACGAAAUCGUAUCUUAAUCUUAGAAUAUUUUUUUCUUCGUCUAACCUUGGUGUUUGUGUUUCUGCUUUUAAUUUAAUCUUGUCCUAGUUGAAAUAAAAGCAAUUUCAAUCUUCACGCACCCAAACCAAUGAUUGUGAUGAUCAUUUGACUUAUGCAAUAUUUAUUAAAGGGAUCAUCUGGUGAAUAGUGAUGAGAGCUAUUGUUUUAUUUGUGUAUGAAAAGUUUUAUUGUAAAUAUUAACCAGACAUUUUCUCAUCAUCAUGUCUUCUUUCAACCAUAUAUAAUUCUUUUCUCUUUUGUAUAAACUUCUGUUGUCUGUAAAUCAUGUAAAAUAAAAAAUGUAAACAAAUAAUUGUCCGAUCAAAAAAAAAAACAAUUCAUGUGUGGUUGUGACUUUGUAAACUUCUGUAAAUAUGUCAUCCUUUAUUUUUGUAUAUCUCAAUGGUGCUAAAAAAAAAAUAAUAUUUAACAACUCAUGUCUUCUUUUCAUGUACCUCAUGGAUACUAAUAUCCUUCAAUGUGUUCAGUAAACAGAAUAAUAAGGCAUUUAAUAGUUUUUGAAUCUCAAUAUUUGCCUCCAGUGUCAGUUAAUGUAAUUAUACCAAUUUAUUUGCAGAUACAACAUAUUCCUUAUUUCAUAAAUACAAAAAAAAUGUCUUCUAUUCUUUAUGCCUAUAUUACUGGUUAUAUGUAAAUGCUAAUGAAAUAUAAUUGAGUUAUAAUUAUAUAAGCUUAGUUAUGGACUAAUUGUUAAAAUGAAAUAUAUGUAUACAUAAUCAAACAUAGUAGUUUAUUAUAAAUAAUGUGUAUCAGAAAUUAAGUUUAAAGGUAUAUGUUAGUUAUCUCCCCCUGCUGUCUAGUAUAUGUUAGUUACCUCCCCUUCUGUCUAUCUGUUGUAUUUUCUAUAUAAAACCUCUCCUCUUCUGUGUAUAUAUAUUAUAUAACUAUAUGUUACAUGUAGAUAUUAAAGCAAUAAAUUGCCAAAACAA